AUGGGCCCUCCGCGGAGGGGGGCAACUCCCCUCGCCUCUCUCCUCCUUGCCGUGGUCCCACUAAGAUCGGCGGGCGCUGACGGUGCCCUGGAUCAAGCGGGAUCGGACCCGUCUAGAUGGCGGAGUUUGACACCAGUUGGACAGCCUAUACCAGGGACUAGAUUUAUUGCAUUCAAAGUACCAUUAAAAGGGGCAAUUAACCAGAGGCUUACCCCAACACAGAAAUUUACACCAAAAGACUUAAUUGCUGCAAUGAAAACCCUAAAUGUGGAGCUUGGAUUAAUUAUUGAUUUAACAUAUACCACACGAUACUAUGAAGUUAAGGAUUUACCUAAAAGUGUGCAGUAUAAGAAACUCUAUACUGUUGGACUUGAAGUCCCGGAUAAUGCUACUAUCCUACAGUUCAAAAAAUGGGUCAGAAAAUUCCUAUGGGAAAAUGCAGGAAAUGAGAAACUCAUUGGCGUUCACUGUACUAAUGGAAUUAAUAGAACUGGCUACCUUAUAUGUAGAUAUCUUAUAGAUGUUGAAGGCUGGGAUCCAGAGGCAGCAAUCCAAGCUUUUGGUGAUGCUAGAGGUCAUCGUAUGGAUGGUCUUGUGUACCUCACAGAUCUCAGAACACAACCAAUGAGAAGGUCUGGGAAAAGAUUAAGAAUUUAUGAUGACCACUCUCACAAUGAUUUGCAAGGACAGAUGCAGUCGAGAGAUUUUGAUUUCAUUAAUAAGGGACCUGGACAAAGACGAAGACCAUUUCAUGACCAUGAGACUCAGGAUGAUUUAAGAGCACCGGUGCAGAUGAGAAAUUGGGACUACAAUAGGGGACCAGGACAGAGGCGAAGACCCUUUCCUGAUCACCAGUUUUAUGAUGAUUAUCAAGAAGACAUGCAGCUGAAGGACCUAGACUUCAGUAACAAGGGACCUGGACAAAGGUUGAGACCUUUUCAUGGACAGCAGUUUCAUGAUGAUUUACAGGCAGAGAGACAAUCGAGGGACAUUGAAUUUAACAGAGGCCGUGGACAAAGACAGAGAUCUUUUCCUGACCAUCCAUGUCACAAUGAUUUGCAGGAAGACAGACAGUCAAAGGAUUUUGAUUUUGGUAGAAGGGGCCGUGGCCAGAGACGAAGACCAUUCCAUGACCACCAUGAUGAAUUUCAGACUCAGAUGCAGUUGAAAGAGUUAGAUUGUGUCAACAAAGGUCCUGGCCAAAGACGAAGAUCUUUCCAUGACUAUCAGUCACAUGAUGACUUACAGCCACAGAUGCAAUUGGGAGAUUUUGAAUUUGUUAACAGGGGUCGUGGGCAGCGGUUGAGACCUUUCAAUGAUCACCAGCCUCGCAAUGACUUACAAACAGAGAUGCGACUGAAAGAUUAUGAUAAUAAACGUCCUGGACAAAGGCACAGACAUUUUCAUGACCAUCAGCCUUAUGAUGACUUACAGGAGCAGACUCAGUUAGAAGACUUUGAUUAUGUUAAUAAAGGGCAUAGUCAAAGGCCAAGACCUUUUCAUGAUCAUCCAGGUCAUGAUGACUUGCCACAUGAAUGGUGUUCAGACAGAAAUCAAUCUAUUUCUUCCCAUGAAAAUGUACAAGAACCUCAUUUCUCAUCUCCUUCACUUCAUAGAGAUUAUGGGUCUGAUAAUGAUGACUUUAACAGAAAUUAUAGCAAUCGACUAAAUUGUCCUGAAGACAAUAGGAGAAUGCAUCCCUCAGAUGAAUUUAAUAGAGGAAAAAACAGAUUUGCACCAUAUUCUUCACGAACAAUGCAUCCAUCUUCAUCUGUACACCAAGAAGAUAGUUCCAUAGACUAUGAAAGAAAACCUUCUCAAGGUGAAACCACCAGGGAGAUGGAACAAAGCAAAAGAUUACCAGUUGUAACAGUUGAUUACAAUUAUGGUCUGCCAUUAGAUUAUGGGCCUGAAGAGGAAGAGAGCACACGUUAUGGUUUAUCUCCAAGAGACCACUACAACUGGAACUGAAUAAAAAGGACAAUGUUUGCUCAUCUUAGGCUUACUUCUACCCAUUUUACUUUGUAUGUGGACCAAUUUUUUUUCAUUUUUUUUUUUUUUACAAAUUAGGAAAAUACAAAUUUCAGUAGUAGAGAACUAGUCU